AAGUUUAUGUAGCACUGAAUUACUUCUGCUAUCCAAUCCUCUAAUGGCGUCAUCUUCUUCUUCGCCAUUGAUUCACCCCCUUCUCAGUAACAACACUCGCAUUUCAUCUCUUCAUGCUUCCACCUGCAACUUCUCAUCGCGACGCCCCCUUAACAAGCUCAAAUCUACUAUUACAGCCAUGGCGCAACCACAGAGAAGCGCCAUGCAGUAUAACCAAGUUGGGGAUUCUAAUCUUGUUGUCAGCGAAAUCACCUUCGGCACUAUGACAUUUGGGCAACAAAACACAGAAAAGGAGGCUCAUGAAAUGCUUUCCUACGCAUUUGAACAUGGCAUUAAUACUUUAGACACUGCAGAAAUGUACCCGGUUCCGGUGAGUAAGGAGACACAAGGAUUAACCGAUAUUUAUAUUGGAAACUGGAUGAAAUCGCAGCCUCGUGACCAGAUUAUAUUGGCCACUAAAGUAGCUGGUUAUUCAGAGAGAUCCGCUUAUUUAAGAGAAAAUGCGGACGUUGUGAGGGUUGAUGCUGCCAACAUUAAAGAAAGCGUGGAGAAGAGCUUAAAACGUCUUAAUACUGAUUACAUUGAUUUAUUACAAAUUCAUUGGCCAGAUCGCUACGUUGCUUUGUUUGGGGAGUUCUUUUACGAUCCUUUAAAAUGGAGGGAAAGUGUGCCAUUUGUUGAACAACUCAGGGCCUUUCAAGAACUUAUUGAAGAAGGAAAGGUACGCUAUAUUGGUGUUUCAAAUGAAACUUCAUAUGGAGUUAUGGAAUUCGUUCAUGCUGCAAAAACUCAUGGACUUCCGAAGAUUGUCAGUAUCCAAAACAAUUACAGUCUGCUAGUAAGAUGCCAAUUUGAGACUGAUCUUGUUGAAGUAUGCCACCCGAAAAACUGCAAUGUGGGAUUACUUUGCUAUUCGCCAUUGGCUGGUGGAGCGUUAAGCGGAAAGUAUUUGGAUUCAGAGUCCGAAGCCGCAAAAAAGGGCAGGCUUCAGUUAUUCCCUGGAUACAUGGAAAGAUACAAUAAAUCCAUUUCCAAGGAAGCAACUGCACAAUACAUUGAGAUGGCAAAGAAACACGGAUUGAGUCCGGUUGAGCUGGCACUUGGGUUUGUGAGGGACCGGCCAUUUAUGACGAGCACAAUCAUUGGCGCAACGUCUUUGGAGCAACUAAAGGAGGAUAUGGAUGCUUUCUUGACAACCGAGAGACCAUUAUCACCGGAUGUGAUGGCGGAUAUUGAAACCAUCUUCAAGAGAUACAAAGACCCAACCAUUCUUUAGACACUGAGGUCCUUUUUCAGUUUUUUGUCACCUUGUUUGAUUAAUUGUUUGAGUUUCUGUUGUACAAUAUAUUCAUAAAUUUUUUAUGGUUUUUUCGGCGAGGGUUAGUUCUGUUGGCCGUUAUGACCACUGAGUCAAAAGGUGCCAAUCUGAUUCUGGACGGUGGACAUUUCGUCGAACGUUUACUUGUGUUGUUGUAACUUAUAAAAACAACAUAUAUAUGGAUACUGCGUUCCAGUACUA